CGAUAAGUGUGGGCCGGGAGUGCGGGCUAAUCGACGAAUCGGAUUCCGUGAUCAAAGUGGAGGCCGAACUGUUCGAAUCAGUUAUGGGUAACCAAGCGUUGCGAGUAUUUUACGGUUACGUCAAACUUCCGGGUUUUAGCGAAAAGUUAAACAUGAAGUGGACGGGCGGUACGGAAAUAGAUGACACACUAUUGCCAGUACAGGGGACCGAAGGUGGGCGCCACCAUUUAGCGUUAGAGGGCGAUGUGUAUGAACUUAUCCGACAAAAUGAUCGCAAGCUGUUGAACCAAGUCGUUCAUAAAGGAACGAUAUUCGCUAGAAUGUCACCCGAACUAAAACUGAGCCUGGUAGAGGUAUUACAACAACAGGGUCAUCAAGUUGGCAUGUGUGGGGAUGGUGCCAAUGAUUGCGGUGCUCUAAGGACUGCAAACGCCGGUAUAUCCCUAUCGGGUGACGAGGCAUCGGUGGCCUCACCCUUCGCCUAUCGCGACAAAAACAUAUCGUGCGUACCGACCCUUAUAAGCGAGGGUAGGGCUAACCUAUCGGCAACUAUCGGUGCUUUUAAAUACCAAGUUUGCUAUGGUUUCGUAUUACUGGGCGCUGUACUCAUACUAUUUUGGGAGGGUAACAAACCUUCCGAUGGGACGUACGUGUUUGUGGACAUUAUACUAAACAUAUUGCCACCGGUAGUGUUCGGGGCUACCCGUGCUUAUCCCAUGAUCGUCCGGCAACAGCCCACGGCUACUGUUCUCACAUUUUUGCCCCAACUCUCUAUGUACGAACCAUUUGUAUUCGAAGUAUCGCAAACACAUUCACCGAAACCAUCGCACAUAUCAUUAGCCAUAUUCUCCGUUAAUAUGAUCUCCUAUGUCAUCGCUGCCAUUAUUUUUAAUCCGGGACCUCCCUAUCGGACGGACAUAUUUUCUAACAAGUGGUAUUUAUUAGUAUUCAAAGAGAUUCCCUAUCAUUUCAAACUAAUACUAUUCAUGAUAUCGAUCGCAAACUUCAUAUUGUGUUACGUGUGGGAAAUGGUCGUACUUCAGGGCAUUGUAUUCAAUUGGCUUCUGCCGAAACUGCGGUCCACGAGAGCACCGGUACGUCUGUUCGAGAAGAUUGAGCUCGAGAUGCGAGACAACAACAGUUGGCCACCGAUUGUCACUUCCCAACGGUUUGACUACUCGGCCAAACACGACAGACAGGCGUCCAUUUUGAAGAGGAGAAUGGCCGCCAAAGAGAGACUACUGACCAAUGCUAUAGUCAUGAGGACUAUCAGUAAUGACGAUGAAUUGAACAGUCGGUACGUGCCGUCCAUUAUGGCUCAGACAAGUUUGGAGUCACCGGUAGCUCAUAGCCGCACCUCCUAUCAGAUGACAUUCAGCACAUUUUCACCAAGCAACAAUCGCAAUCACCGAGUUAGUAUUGAACCCGAACACGAUUCUAGUCUAUGA